AUGGCCUCCAGCUUGAAGGAUUUCAUCCAUUCCAUGGAUCCAAACUCUCUUCCUCGGAUUCUGCAAAUCCAGUCUGGUUUUUAUGAUGAAGUUUAUGAAAAGUACAGCCAUGAAUGCUGUUUGUCAACUGGAGACGUGAUUAAAGUUGUUGGAUUAAAAGUGAAAAAAGUCCUUGCAAGCAACUAUGAAAGUGAAGACACUGGUUUCUGCUCUACUACAGUUGAGCUACCUUUAAAUUUUCCAGGUCUUUGCAGAAUAGUGGCUGAUAAAACACCGUAUGCUAACAUUGAAGAAAUUGUGAAAAAAGUUUUGAUUGGAUCAACACAACUGCAACAUCCCUGCUUCUGUUGCUCUAAGGAUGUAAAAACAGAAAACCUAACCAUCAAACAGGGUGAGAAGAUAAUAUUCAGCUCUGUGGAAAACAACAAUGGGAUAUUGACUAUACACUGUGGAGUAAUGAGGGAUAACCAGCUCCAUGCCUUUGUAUUGCCAGUUUCGCAAGAAGGUGACUUCUAUGAAUGCGAAGAUUAUCAGAUUUAUACCCUGAAAGAUAUUGCUGAAUGGAAAAUCCCAAAGAGCAGAAGUCGGAGUGUGACAUUUACUAAUACCUGCAAUGCUGUAAAUUCUUCCAGUUUGCUUCCUAUAGAUGUUGAUGGUUGUGUUGUCCUAACACCAGUAUAUGAAGUACAAGCAAUGAUGAAAUUUCAAAAAGAGAAAGUUUACUUCCUUUCCGAUUUAGAUGUUGAAGUCAAAGAUGUAACUGACCAUUACAAUAUUCACAGUUUCCUUCAGCCAUUGUCAAUGGAAGAUAUAUUGAAAAGGUCAUGCAACGAAUUUCCUAUUGUUGUUGCAGUAAUUGAAGGCUCCACUGGAAACAAGCAAUCAUAUACUUUAUUGCAUCCUGGUAGAGAAAUAGUAAUUUACAAAAAAUGCCAGGCAACAAGAAUCUUAGCAUCUGAGAUCAAGGGUGAUGCCUAUAAAAAGCACUUUUUAAUUCCUACUAGCUACAAAGGGAAGUUCAAAAGAAGACCCCGGGAAUUUCCAACAGCCUAUGACCUGAAAAUAGCAAGGAGUAUGAAGGAGCAGCUUCAUGUUAUAGCUACCAAAGCUUUUGAGUCACCUCACAAAGGACUGUCUUCUGUUUCUAUCGGAGACCAAUUUCAAAUUCCACAGUGCCAGCUAAGUGAAAUUGUUGAUCUGGGAAAGAAGGAAGUAGAGAAUGCUUUAGCCUGUGAACAAAUUCUGUUGCAAAACAAAACCUACAAGAGUGUACUUCUUCCAAUGUGCAUGGAAGGGGGCUUUGUUGAACUUGUCCAUGAUAAGAAGCAGUAUGAACUUAUGGAGCUUUGCAAAGAUUUCCAUCUUCCAUUUAAUGUCAAAGUCUCCAUAAGGGAUCUUUCCAUCCAAGAUGACAUUUUGGCUGGUAUAUCAUGCCUGCAGCUUGAAGAAGAAAUAGUAGAUUUGUACCUGUUAGUCAGCACUUUCAGCAACCCCACAGAAAUCUGGGAAGCUCCUGUCCAUCGUUUAAAUAUGUCCGUCCAGUUGCUCAGCAAACAUGCGGAAGCUAUUGUGUAUUUCCCAACAAGGUCUAUUGUGGAAGAGAUUACAGAAGAACAGUAUUACAUGAUGAGAAAAUAUGAAAGUCAAGCCACAAAUCCACCACCAAGACCUCCUAAAACCCACAUAGCAGAAGAGUCCAAGGCAUCUUUUCUUACUGUACCAGCUCAAAGUGCUUGUGGUCUACCAAGACCUAGGAAGGAUCUCUGUGUAGAUGCCACCAAGAUGCGGCUCUCAAAUAAAGCUGCUGCUGUUUUGGGAUUACAGUUCAGUUGUCAAAGUGAUUUAGAGCAACCCGAAAACAAAGAGGACAUGGCUGGGACAGCUACAUUUGCAGAAGAGAGGAUGAUUAAAGAUUCAUCAAAGAGUGUGCUUGUGAAGCAAAGGGCAGAAAAGAAACCAAAGGCUGGACCUGAUGCUGAUGAUAAGGAUGAUGACAUUUUAGAAAGUGCUACAAAAAAAACCCUGGAAUCCUCUGAAAACGAAAUGAUUCAAUUUUGUCAAAAAGCAUUGUACCACUGUCCACAUCAUUGAGUAUGAUGAUGCCAAACCAACUGAAGACAGCAGAAAAAGAUACUUCAGUGAUGAUGAGAAGAACAUUGCUGUGCAUUCAAAAACAUUGAGACCAAGAUGUAGUGAUACUAAUUCAUUUUAUUAAAGGGAACAGGAAAAAAAGAGAUGGUUAAAGUCAUAAUGACUCAUUUCUACACAAAGACAGACAGAGGCAUCUGACUUAUUUCAGUCUCAGUCCUGGCUUUGGGACAGAAUUGGCCUUGGUCACCCUGGAUGGAUGACCUUCAGGACUGGGGGAGUGUGACCUUGCUUGAUCUCUCAGUGACUUUCAAUACUUUUGAACACGAUGCUCUCCUGAACCAUGGGAGUUAGUGGCACUGUGUUGCAGUAGUUCCCCAUUUUGAAUAAGGAGAUGCUGUGACUGUUUUACCCAUUCAUUUGUGGUGUAGUGGCUAGAGUGCUGGACUAUGACCUGGAAGACCAGGGUUCGAAUCCCCACACAGCCUUGAAGCUCACUGGGUGACCUUGGGCCAAUCACUGCCUCUCAGCCUCAGAGGAAGGCAAUGGUAAACCCCCUCUGAAUACUGCUUACCAUGAAAGCCCUAUUCAUAGGGUCACCAUAAGUCGGGAUUGACUUGAAGGCAGUCCAGUGUAGUGUGACUGUUUUAAACCAGUGCCUGGAUACAAUGAUGGGCUAGAUGAGGACCAACAAACUGAGACUAAAUUCUGGUAAGAUGGAGAUUUUGUGGGUGAGUGCUUCCCAGUUGGGAGUUCACCAGAUCUGAAUGGACUUGCACAUAUUUUGGAGAAGUGCCUAGAUCUAUCUCUGUGACUGUAGGGUCAUUAUAUAGCAACGAGAGUGGCUGUAUACUAUAGCCAGCAUGGAUUUUUCCCAUUCUGCAAUGUUAAAUUGAAAAUACCCCCCAUGCCAUUCUGAUGCUUCCCAUAAGUUCAUUUCAAAACAAAACCUUACAGGGGACCCCUAUUCCCCUGAGAGAGCUCCAGUGGCCAGAGUGGUUUAAAAGUCAGCCUCUCUGAUUGAAUAUCUGUGAGGGAAACAGAGCAUCUCCUAGCAACUCUCAGCACCAGUCACAAACUACACUUCCCAGGAUUCUUUGGGGAAACUAUGACUGUCUAAAGUGAAAUAAAGGUCUGGUAUGGAUGUAGCCAGGGACAGCUUUGGUUUAAAUUUGGGUGGGAGACUACAUGUGCCUGCUAUAGAAUAAAAAGGUGGGGGAAACCCUGAAAAACAAUGUUACUGUUCACAAUCUUUUUCUUUUGGAAAUGAAAGGGACUUCCCCUCUGCCCAGUGCCCACUCGCCCAAUCUCUACCUCUCCUCCUUUCUCCCUCCCCUUCCUGCCCUCCUCCUCCCCUCCCUUCCUCUCUCCCAGGUCAGUUUCAUCUAUCCAAAGCAUGUUUGCACAGGAGUAAAUCCCACUGAACUCAAAAAGCAUGCAAAUGAUCAAACCUGCCCUCCUCCUCCCUCCUAUCCCCUCCCUCUUGUCCUUCUUUCCCCCUUCCCCAUCCCCUUCCAAUCCCCUCCUUCCCCACACCUGCUCCACCUCCCUUCUACCCUCCCCUCCCCCAUGGUCAGUUUUACCCAUCUUAAGCAUGAUCGCAUGGGAACUCAAUGAUCAAACUUACCCUGUCCUCCACCUCCCUCCCACCACCUCCUUUUUGCCCCUUCCCUCCCUCUCCUUCACAUCUCCCCUCUCCUACCAAUCCCCUUCUUCCCCCUUCCCCCUUCCCUCUCCUUCCUCUCCCCUCCCCCUCAUCCUCCCCAUGGUCAGUUUUACCUAUCCUAAGCAUGAUUGCACAGGAGUAAAUCCCACUGAACUCAAUAAACAUGAAAAUGAUCAAUCCAUCCUUAGCAAACUUGCACAGGAUCCCAUUUCUUACCUUCUGAAUUAAAAAGCAGAGAAAUUCACUAAUAGGCAAAACAAACUUUGUGGUUUAAGAACAUACCUAUAGUCAACAGAUAUUUCUAUCAAACUUUAAAAAGCAGGGAAAUUGGGCAGCUAUAGUGAAUGCACCAUGGGAGCAGGAGACCCGACCUCUCUGAGAUAUUGUACUGCCCUACAAAUUUGUCAAAAUGCAAACACAAUUUGGUUUGGUCUUUCACAGUCCAAUUCACUUUCUGCGUAAUGUUUACUUUGCAAUGUUAGUGAAG